AUGUCGCGAUGCUACCACCUAGUGGCAAUGCGCAAAUCAGCUGCGGAGGCCUGGGCGUCUGAACUGCCAGAUCUUAGGGAAAAGAUUUCACACCGUCCUGACAACUUGUCAGACCACCUUGCAGGAAAAGAGAUUAGAGCCAAGACCAUGAGUGCGACCUACACUGCUGCUGUCCUGUUCCGCAUCUCCGAGGACAAGAACCCAGAUUACUGUAAGCGAGUGCCCGUGGAGCUCACCAACUCGCUCUUCAAGCAUGGCCCAGCUGCCUGGGAGGGAGGCUGCCCAGAGAUGAUCCCGAUCAACGAACCCUAUGCAGAUGACAUGGAUGCCACCUACUGCCCCAUGUACUCCAGCGAUGUACCUCUGGACCCUCUGGACAUGCACAUGGACAUGGAUGGAGACUACCCCAUGGACACCUAUAGUGAUGGCCUGAGGCCUCCCUACCCCACUGCAGGCCACAUGUUGGCCUAG